GUUUAAAAAAAAAAUACACAACUGUGAACAAUAAGUUCAUUAGCAUACUUUCUUACUUAUAAACAUAUACCUCAUUUAUAAUGGAUUACGAAGACGACGAGCCUCAAGAAUAUAAUGAUUAUGAUGAUCAUUAUGAAGAGCUGAUUGAAGAAGAUCCUUACGAAGAACAACAACCAACAGAAUCAAUUCAAAUUCUUGAUGAUGUGAUGGCAGGAACUAUGACAACUGAAUCAAAUAAUAACAAUAAUCCUGUUGAACGCACAGAACGAUUGACAACACCCUAUUUAACAAAAUACGAACGAGCGAGAAUUUUGGGAACAAGGGCAUUACAAAUUAGUUUAAAUGCACCUGUUAUGGUGGAUAUUGAUGGUGAAACUGAUGCACUUGCUAUUGCAAAUAAAGAAUUAAGAGAAAAAAAGAUUCCUUUGAUUAUUCGUCGAUUUAUGCCAGAUGGAACAUAUGAAGAUUGGAAAAUUAAAGAUUUGAUUAUUGAUUAAAUAAACACUGUAUAUUGUCAUUGACUAAAUAAUAUAAAA